AUGCAGCUGCCAUAUAAACAGAAGCUGCUUGUGGUUGGCGCGGGCGGAAUAGGAAGCGAGCUGGCAAACGUGCUUGCACACACAUACACGGGCCACGUUACGUUUGUGGACAUGGACACCAUUGAGAUGUCAAAUCUCAACCGGCAGGCCUUUUUUGCAGAGAAAGAUAUAGCCAAGCACAAAGCGCAGAUUCUUGCCGAGCGCCUGUGCGCAUGCACACACGGCCGCAUCACAGCAGACUACUAUACAAAAAGCAUAGAAGACGUGUGCUUUGGCCCUGCGUUUUUCAAAGGCUUCACGUGCAUAGUAAGCUGCGUCGACAAUGUGCCUGCGCGCGAACACCUCAACAAAAUGGGCUUUUUCUCCGGCGUUCCGAUCAUAGAGACUGGCUCGCGCGGAUACGAGGGACAGGCAUACAUCAUAGCGUCCGGGCAAACCGAGUGCUAUGCAUGCACUGAGGCACUCCCCGGGAAAACGUUCCCCAUCUGCACUCUGCGAAGCACGCCGACCGAGUGGCACCACUGCGUGCAUUGGGCCAAGUACGACUUUCUGCCCAGUCUCGAGGAGGCGCUGGGCUCUGCAGAAGCCCGUGCGGGCGCGCCAGGGGCUGAAAGCGAAAACAGCACGCAACGCGGCGCCGAAGGCACCCAGGAAGCCAUGCCCGAGCACUUUCUUCUAGAUGCGUGCAAAAGCGCGCCAGACAACUCCCGCCAAAGCCAAAUUGCGCGGGUUCUGGAUGGACACAGGCUAAGCCUCGAAAGCCUUGGCCUGGAGCUAUCCGGGCUAAUUCGGGCCUUUGCAGAAAGCCCAGAGCUUUUAUUAAGCGAGUCCUUGGAUGCACUCCACCAAGCCGCUGCAAUGCGCGCCAAGCAGUUCAGCCUGGAUGUGCCGCCGUGCGAGAAGACAAGAGAAGUGCUGGACCAAACAGUGCCUGCGGUCAUCACAACAAACAGCCUUGUUGCCAGCAUGGUUUCUCUGCAGAUGUCUCUGUUGCAGAGAAAAAAAGUGCACAAUGUGUAUUACGUGGGCGCUUACAGCCCAAUAGCGAAGGUUCAAGGCGCAGGGCCCAGCGCAUCGUGCCCGCUUUGCCGGUGCAUUCCGCACGUUCUGAAGGCGCAAAGCAAAGAGACGCUGCGGUCCCUUCUUGCGCGCAUAGAGCUGCGGCUGGACAGCGUCACGGCUGUGCUCAGAAAUGCGGCGCUUCUGUACGACGAAGAGUACGUGGACCUUCUGGAGACAGAGCUUCGGGACUUGGGGGUGCACGCGGGCACGGUGGUCAAGGUGUGCACAGAUAAGAAAGCACAUCUGGUGUACAUAAGCGUAUAA